AUGAUUCAUAUCAGGAAGAAGCUGCAAAAUGCUGUAGUACUGCAUAAAAUUCAUGAAGAACAUUUCUUUUCAGAACUUGUUGGAUCUUCUGAUUUUGAUCAACAUUGUAAUGGAAUCGAUAAUAAUCUAAGUUCCAAACGUAGAGAAAUCAAAUACCUCUGCAUUAAACUUGCACGUAAUUCAGAUAAGUUAAGUCAAUCGGGUGAAUCUGAACGUACUAAUUACUUCAAAUAUAUAGGUUAUUGUUUAUAUGAACGAAUAAGUGAAAUUCAUACUAACAAAUCUGCAAAGAUUGCUAAGGUAAGAUUUUUUGAUAAAUUUAUUUUGCCAUGGAUAGUCAUGAAAAAUUACAAAAUUAAAUUAAAAAAAGUUAGUACUUACGAAAAUAGAACGGACUGCGAUAAUUAUUUAACAUAUCUUGAGAGUUUUAAACCAGUACACGACGGAUAUAAGGAUAAGCAUUGUAUGGGGUUAAUUGAUUUUUCAUCGAAUGGAACUAAUUAUUUUCCUUGUAAUGAUAGGGAUAUACUGACGUCUUGCAAAACUGAAUUAGAAAAGUGCAAAUUUAUUACGUCCACGAAGGCUAUCAACCUUAGAACGAACAUCAUCUUUAGCGGCAUCACAAACUUCGUCAAGUUCAUCAAGAACAUCGGGUAUCAGAUUUUCAACCAGUACAGUGACUACAACAAGUGCGUCAAGUGUAAGAUGUUCGAGAGUUACAUUAACCACAAAUACACCAAGUUCAUCAGUUUCAAUAAGUUCAAUAGGUCAUGUAGGUCGAGGAGGAUUAACACGUACAAUGGUUGCAGGAGUAGAACAUGGAAAAUCUGUGAUUUCUCCAUCGCAAGGAUACCCUGGGCACACUCUUCACACAGUGUCAACAUAUAA